AUGAGACUGAGACAGGAGCUGGAAAAAUAUAAAGUAGGAAUUGUGGCCCUUCAAGAAAUAAGAUGUAAAGGAGAAGGAGUCAUGGACCUAGGAGACCACACUAUUUUCUACAGUGGAUACGAACAAAACACAUUUGGAACAGGGUUUGUUGUGCACAGAUGCUAUAAAGACAGAAUUAUAGGGUUUAAAGCAAUAGAUGAAAGAAUGUGCAUAAUGAGAAUUGAGGAAAAAUUCUUCAACAUCAGUUUAAUAUGUGUUCAUGCACCCACAAAUGAAUCUGAUGAACAUAUUAAGGAUCAGUUCUAUGAGAGGCUUGAAAAUGUAUAUAAGAAUACUCCUGAGCAUGACGUGAAACUGAUACUGGGCGAUUUCAAUGCCAAACUUGGGAAAGAAGCUUGCCACAGACCAACUAUUGGUCCUUACAGCCUACACGAUGAGAGCAAUGAAAAUGGCCUAAGAAUGAUCGACUUUGCAGGCGAUAAUAACAUGACUAUCAGUAGUACAUGUUUUAAACAUAAAGACAUCCAGAAAAUUACUUGGGCAUCACCAGAUGGUACAACAAAGAACCAGAUAGAUCAUGUUAUGAUAGACAGGCGUCAAUGCUCUGAUAUCCUGGAUGUGAGAAGUGUUCGUGGGGCUGACUGUGACACAGAUCACUUCAUCAUCAGAUUAAGAUAUAGGCAAAGAAUUAAUAAUGCUGGAUUGACCAAGGGUAAAAAACAACUGAGGUUUGACUGUGAGAAGCUGAUGAAAAACCAGAAUAUAAAGAGAAGUUAUCAGCAAAAUCUAGAAGAACGACUGAGGGAACCUCUGAAUACAGAAAACGCAUCAGUGGAAGAAAUUUGGAGAGGCAUUAGAGAAAAUAUUGUAAAGACCGCCCAGGAGACCAUUGGAUAUAAGAAAAGAGAAACCAGAAACGCAUGGAUGGAUGAGGAAUGCUUACAAGCCCUAGAAGACAGAAACCGAGCAAGAAUGAACAUGCUGAACAGAAAAACAAGAGCAACAACAAACCUAUUCCAAGAAAAAAGAGCGUAUGCCAGACAGCUCUGCCGAAAAAAGAAAAGAGAUUUUGAAAGAAGUAAGUUGGAAGAGAUAAUGGCGUUUGCUGAGGCAAAGAAUGUGAGAAAAAUGUAUAUGAGAAUACGAGAAGGAAAGGCUGGAUUCCAACCAAGAACAAAUUUUUGUACAGAUAGUGAUGGCAAUCUUGUAGGAGGGGAAGAACAAGUCAUUGAGCGGUGGAGAGAAUAUUUCAAUGAAUUGCUUGGAGGAAUAGCUGAGGAGGAUCUACAACUGGAAUGCAAUCAAAUAGGUCCAGAACCAUUCAUUGAAGACCCUCAGAUACAUGAAGUAGAGGAAGCCGUUGAAUCACUGAAAAAUAAUAAGGCCCCAGGGGAAGAUACAAUAACUGCAGAAAUGAUAAAGGCCGGUGGUCCACCCCUUCUCAAAGCUUUACAUAGUUUAAUUGUUCAAAUUUGGAGAGAAGAAGAAAUGCCUGAAGAUUGGCGGAUGGCGGUAAUCUGCCCUAUCCAUAAGAAAGGAAGCAAGACUGACUGCUCAAACUAUAGAGGACAUGUGGAGCGCAUGGAUGACUCAAGGAGCACAAAGAAAGUCCACAGAAUGAAUCCUGGAGGAAGAAGACUGAGGGGAAGACCAAGAAUGCGUUGGAUUGACGACGUGAAGAAUGACUUGAGGCAGAUGGGUAUCAGAGGAUGGAGAAGGAAAGCUCAAAAUCGGGACGAAUGGAGAGGCAUAUUGCGGGAGGCCAAGACCCUCAAUGGGUUGUAG